GGAAAACGCGCUCGUCCGUAUGACACAGUAGAGCCACUAGCCGAGGAUCUAGGUCUCACCGUCGACACUUCCUGUGAGGGACGAUCCAAGGUGUGUCAAAGACGUGGUUGCGAGAUACAAUGGAUCAGGCAAUAUCCUUAUAUGUUGGGAGCACGACGCUUAACGGACAUCGUGGAGAAGCUUGGUGACAGAGAUGCGCCCCCGUAUCCAGAUGACAGCUACAAUAUCAUCUGGACUGACCCAUCUCCUUAUUCUGAUAUCACCGCCAAGACCAGCGAAGACUGCCCUGGUUUGGAUAACUGA